AUGGCAACCAGAGAUGAUGGCAAAUCAGAAGGAUGCACGUUUCGAUGGAAAAUUGAAAAUAUACAUCACUCCUGGUGGAUGAGUGCAGAUCAAGAACUUGAGAGUCCAAAAUUUACUGCAGAUGCACUUCAAGGUACAAAAUGGUCGUUGUGGUUGUUUCUAAUAGACGGAGAUUAUGUAGAUUACGGAGGUUAUGUCGGUAUUUAUCUUCAAAGAGAAAACAAUUGUUUCGGAGAGAACACUAUUGAAGUAAAUUACGAAUUCGCAAUUCUGGAUAAAAAUGGCUCAUUUCUGAGAGUAGAAAAUAGAAAGGAUAGCUUCUCGAAAGGCGAUAUUAGGGGAUUUCCUAGAUACGUGACACGAAAAGAAGUUUUCUUCACUGAAAGAGAAUCGUUUCUUCCAGAAGAAACUCUGACAGUUCAAUGCAAGUUGUGGAAUAAAGAGGGAAAACCCGUCAAUUCAAAACCUUUUUAUGCCAGAACAAUGUUUAAUUCCACCGAGACAAUGGAAAAUUGGGGAAACAAAGGUUAUUUCGUUGAUGAUCUGAAGGAAGGAGGAUUAUUUCCGGUUUUCCUUUUCACUAACGAAUUAAUAUCCAAGAGAGAACUCUAUUUACCACAUGAUGUUCUAUCGCUUCAAAUUGGUUUUAUUUAUUGGACUAUUGACCAUUUCGGUUGUAAUGAUGAGUCUGGUAACCUGGCGAAUAAGGAUUUCGACCUUAAUGAUGGGGAAGAGAAAUCUGAAAAAACGGCUGUUUUGAUUGACGACUUGAAAUCCAUGUUUUGCAAUGCGAUUUUAAGCGAUACGGAGCUCCGUACCUCGACAAAAGGCUUCCCAGCUCACAAGAACAUUUUAUGUGCUAGAUCCCCUGUUUUCAAAAGAAUGUUCUGCGACGACAUGAAGGAGAAGAACAGCGGACACGUCGAUAUCAUCGAUUUGGAAGACGACACCGUGCACAGAAUGCUACUCUAUAUAUACACGGAUUCAUUAGAGGACCUGCAGUUUGAAAGCGGAUUGAAAUUGUACGCUGCUGCGGAUAAAUAUGAGAUCCUGUCCUUGAGAAACAUGUGUUCUACGUUUUUAAAAGACAGCUUGUGUCCAAACAGAGCUUGCGAUGUUUUAAUUCUGGCUGAUAUGCACCACGAUGACAAUCUGAAAAGUUCUGUGCAAUCUUAUAUACUUGAGCAUGAUGAGGUAUUCAGCUUGGCGGAAUGGAAGCAUCUCAUGAAUAAUAACCUUAAAUUAGCUGCUGAUAUAAUGUACAAAAAAUUAGCGUAA